AUGAUUGGCAAAACCGGGGAAGUCAACCCAGGUAACAUCUUCAUCAAUGUUCGAACUCAGGUCGAGGAGGGCACAUCCCCGACCAUCUACGACAACAAUGGCGACAUGAUCUGGCAAGGCACCCAGAGAAAGAGCAUGGAUUUCAAGAUGCAGAAGCUCUUUGGUGAGGACGUCAUUACUUACUGGGACGGAGAGACUGGCGUACUAGGGUACGGCUAUGGUCGCGUCCACAUCCUCGACACUUCCUACAAAGAGAUCUACACAGUGACUCUUCCGGAUCAAAACUUCGUCACGCCCGACGGCAGAAAGCGAGAUACCUAUGUGGAUGUCCAUGAACAUCUCAUCACCCCUCGAGGCAGCAUGAUUGUCUCUGCCAUCAACAUCACCCAAGGCGACACUAGUAUGCGGCCUGCUGGCCACCCGGACACCUGGAUCAUCGACGGCCUUUUUUAUGAAGUUGACAUCAAGACCAAUGAGAUCAUUUUCUCCUGGAGUGCAUCAGAGCACCAGGAUUUUCUUCCCCUAGGGGGCUCUAAAUCGACCGUUGGGGGACAUGGUGGUGCGCAACAUAACCCAUGGGACUGCUACCACAUAAACUCCAUUCAAUACGUCAACCACGGCUACCUAGUUUCCGUUCGCUACUACUGUUACGCGCUGUAUAUAAAUCACGAUGGAACCAAGCGGUGGAUCCUUUCGGGAUGGGAUCGCAAUGAAGGUGACAUCCUUAACGACGCCCACUUUGCCUGGCAGCACGACAUCCGGGCACGCAAUGAAACAGACGACAGCAUGGUUAUCACAGUGUUCAACAACGAUCUUCCUAGAGGAGAUAGCUCGCGAACCGAGUCGACCGGAAUCGCUAUCAACGUCGACCUAAAGAACAUGACAGGUGUCGUCUUCCGCCGGGUCAACUCGCACGGCUUAGACCCUGCCUUCGCCGCCACCCAGGGUAGUCUCCAACUUUUAGACUACAAUACCACGGGCCACAUGCUCGUGAGCUACGGCUCUCAUUGUAGGUGGAGGGAAUUCGACAGUGCUGGCAAUAUCGCGAUGACCGGUCAAUUCGGCUACCCCGGUCAUGCCCAGGCUUACCGUACGCUCAAGUACCCUUGGCACGCAAUUCCUCACUACCCUCCUACUGCCGUGGCUAAGUAUAUUUCUAAGUACACGAGUGAUGUGUACGUGUACAUGAGCUGGAACGGGUGUACCGAGCACGAUAACUGGAAUAUCUACUCCGUGCCUGCGGCUGGCUCUACUGUCGACGAGGGCACUCUGCUAGGCAACCACCCUAAGGGUGGUUUUGAGACUCAUGCCAAUCUACGUGACCCUACUGCCCAAUUUCUCAUCGUUGAGGCGUUGCAGGGCGAUAAGUCCCUCGGGUUCUCACAAGUAAUCAAGGUUCCUCUGGCAUUCCCGAGGACGAGGUUGAACUGA